AUGCAGGAGAGUCGGCAUUUGGCGAUAGCUCGUCCUCGAGAAGGGGACCGUGACGAUGAUGGCGACCCCAUCAUUUCCUCACAUAGUGUUGAGUUUCGUGAAUUUAAUGAUGAAGCUCGAUGUAUUCCUUGCCAACGAUUAGGAAGAGGAUGCCAUAUCAGAGAGGGAGCAGAUUCUUGUAUUCAAUGUGUCCUUCUAGGAACUCCUCUUGAAUGUGUCUUCGUCCGGAAAGUCGUUCGACAUGAGAGGCCGAAUUGGUUCACUUGGGUAGAGCUUACCGGCUUCAGCAAAACUCCCUAUAGGACUCAUCCACCACAUCACAGUAAUGGGCAAGCCCAUCACUUUCAGGAGCCUCCGAGACCAUUGCAAUAUCCUCAGCCAUAUCCGCCACAAGGACAUCCUCCAGAGACGAAUCAUGUGGAGCGAACAUGGGCUUCCUACCAACAGCAAGCACCCCUCGCACCUCCACCGCAACCACAUAUUUACAAUGGACCUGUGCCUCCUCCAAAGAGACAACGUACAGACAUGUAUGAUGGCCAGGACGUUUUUGCGCAUUCAAGACAGCACUCUCUAACAGGCCCACCACCAUCGGAGUUCCGUUCCCCUCAUAGGACUGAAUACCAUUUACCUGAGAUCAGACCUCACGAGCCCAUCCCACAAGUUUCCCGAGCAGACACAGCCAUUUCUCUAAAAGAAGAACGUCCUGUAUCAGCUCCCCAUGACAGGAACAAGCCUCUUGACCUGAAACCUCCAAGUGGACCGCCAGCUCCUCUCAAGAGAAAACUGGAACCAGAGCCAAACGAUAUGAUCCUGCCACACCGCUGCUCGAAGUGUGAGGCCUCUUUCAAGACACCGGCGGAACUCAAAAAACAUUUCGCUCGUCAUGAGCCGCAAUAUUUCUGCAAUAUUCCAGGAUGUUCUCGCGGCAAAGAUGGCUUUACGACCAAGAACGAUCUUGAUCGUCAUCGGAAGACCAUGCACAAGAUACUAAGUCCGAACGAUAGGUUCUGGAAGUGCUUCUUUCCAGAUUGUGCAAAGACGGAGAAAGUCUGGCCCAGGCUGGAUAAUUUCAAAGCCCAUAUAGUCAGGAUGCAUGGAUCACAAUACGUUGCGGAAAAUGUUACGAGAGCGGAAGAAUGGUGGGAUGCACAGAAGACACCUAUGCUUGGCAGAUCACCCGAGACCACUCAUGAUCUCGUAGCUAUUGAGCCGAAGCCUCCACACGAGGCAAGCAGGUUUGGAGUUACGAACCUGCUUUCGGAACCACCAGGCGAGCACGUGAAUGGCAGAAGGAGACAUUUGAGUGCAGAAGGACGACAAGAAGCUGCUCAAGUCCGGGAGAUGGGUGCCUGCCUUAGGUGUGCCCUGCUCAAGGAAAAGUGUGACGACAAUCGUGUCUGCCAUCGAUGUAUCAGUUACUCACACAAGCACUUCAAUGGCGCACUGAUAUGCCGGCGAGGCAGCAUUGCGGAUUAUCUGGUGCCGUUGAUACCUCUGUUUCAGAAUCUCCCACAACCAGCAGAGAAUACCAAAGGCUGGAAUUUACGUUCAUUUACACCCAAGUUACGGGUCACUACGUUCUCAGGACUUCUUGAUCAGCCUGACUUCCCAGAAGAGGUCACUAAGUACGACUUGCACAAGAAUUCGUUCACCAUUGCAUUAUUCAAGGCCAUCGACGAGGUCAUUCUGGCGCAGAAAAACGACACCCAAUCACACUAUGGUGCUGAAUUCCGAGAGGAGGUUGAAAUCUUGCGCCAUUUGCGCGCAGUUUGUUGUCUUAUCUUUGAUUGUGUUAGCGAUGCACUGAGGAGCAAGCCAACUCUCCAAGAAAAGGCAGACAUCAUCGAAAAGCUGCAGAGGACCAACCUGGAAUUAAGGGAAUGGUAUGAUGAGCUGGACAAUGCAGUCUUCGACUGGAAGUCACGACACCUGGAGCUUAACCACCAUCCCAUGAAGAAAUGGAAUCUCUUCUUCUCAAUCUGUGCGAUGCUUGUCGUGGAGAGGUUAACAGUAUUACUCACAAGAGCAUGGGCGCACGUUACAGAAGUGAAGGAGGAUUCGACCGAUGACGAGGCUGCAGAUACGUUAUGUGCUCUGCUUGAGUUUAAGUUUCAACGACAAGCUCCUGCGCAGCACCACUUUAUUAGCAUGCUGUUGGAUGAGAGGCACGAAGCGACUUCAGGUCGAUCGUCCCAUCCAAUCGUGCAACUUACUGCUACGACUUGCAACUCACAGCUGCGAGAUAGCAUGAACUUCCUGCGCGAAACAAAAGGAUUCGAGACGUGGAAAUGGCUCUACGAGCAGUUUGGCGACGCUGGUGCUGAUCAAGAUGGAAGUCCAAGGGCUAAAGAUGAUGCCAUGUCCGACGACUCUGACACUAUCAGGCCUACUGAAGGACACAAUCUUCGAUCACGAAGAAGCACUUCAAGAAACAGCAAUGUUGCCAAGGUUGAAGAGGACGAUGAUAGUGGUCAUGAACAAAAUGGUGAAACAAGCACUAAGUCUGAAGAGUCACCGGACUCGGACAAAAUGGAAGAAUAG